GAGAGUAAAGACACGCACGCAGAGAGAGAGAGAGAGACAAGAGACACAAACAUUGGAAAAGGUUUUUGCUUUCACUCCUCUCACCUCUGUUUCUCCUUUCAUCUUUUAAAUUUACAAUUUUUCUUCUGGGGUGUUGUGAAAAUAAAGGAAAAUGGCUGAUUGAGGAUGAACUUGAAAGCUCAUGAUUCUGCAGUUGCUCAUUUUAGAUUCCCAGCUUAGCCAACCAUCAUGCACAUUGUAACCUAACUGAAAUUUUGACAUUAGUACUUCGAAGCAUAGCAUCAAGAAUUGUAGAAGCUGUAUUCACAUAGGUAUAAAUGUUCGGCCGCAAAGUUUUCCUAACAUACAAAAGAAAGCGACAAUCAUCUUCUGAAGAUGCCCAUAAUUAUUCUUUAUCUGCACAAGAUAAACAUGACAAGCAAACUGCUGAGAAGGCAACGGAAAAGAAUGAAGAGAAACGGAUGCGAGGUUGUUCAUCAUGGCUCCCGGUUCGCAAACCUGACAGCCUUAGGUCCGGAGAGCAAGGAAAUUGUGAUGCAACAGAAGUAAUGGUUACUAGGUCUAAAUCAUUUUCAUCAAGGCAUCAAUGCGAGGAUACCUCAGAGACGGCAAGGGAUGCUGGUGAAUUACUUGCUGUACACGCAGAAAAGGCUUCAAAGAAUGCUUCUGGUCCUCUUGGAGAUUCCUGUGCCACUGAAAUCUCUAAGAAUGAAUUUAGCAAUUGUCCAAAUAUACAAUGCACUUCCCCUUCAGUUAAAUUGGAUGCCGGGAAUGGUUUGAAUUUAGUUGGCUCAGAGGCAUGCAUUACAAGGGAAUGCAGCUCUCCAAAAGGCAAUGAAUCUUCUGUAUUGAAUAAGUCAAUAGAAGAAUUUACUGAUUCACAGUUAAAAGAUGGUUUCAUUAACCCAUCUCGACGUAAGGUUAUAAAGACUAAGUUGGGCACCCCAUUAAUUACCUUCAAUCGAUGCCAUAAAAGAAAAAGAGAUUCAGAUGCAACUGAUGGACAAAGCGAAUUAUUGCACGGGAAGGAAAAUAUAUCAGCGCUAGCCAAGUGGAGCAUGCUUGUUGAUGUUAAUGCCAGUGCUAGUUCUACCAAUGAAUCAUCUUGUGAGGAAUGUCCUGUAGAUAAAGUACCAGACCUUAAUCAAUCAGUGGAUCAUUUGGAAAGAGGGAAGCUGUUGAAUCAAAUCCAAAAUGAAGCAUCCUCUAAAAGCUGCUCUACGGUUUUUCUGGCUGACCUUAAUCAAUCAGUUGAGCUUUCAGAAAGAGGGGUGCUUAAUCAAGCUAGAGAAAAAGCAGAAAAUGCACCCCAUCCGGACACUUCGGGAGUUGUUUCCGCAACAUGUGUGACACAUUUUGGGGAGCAACUGCAUCAUGGCGAGGACAUAGACAAAACCGGUACCAUUGCAAUAGAACCAGGCCAGAGUUGCCUAAUUCAAAAGGAUGCUGAACAUAUGCAUAAGGAUUGUGAAGGAGUUUCUAUCAAUGUUGAUUCUAGUGAUCCCUGCCCAACCACAACUGCUGAUCAGGAACUAGAGUCCGAGCCAUCUGUAAGAGAGGCCAUGCGAAAUGGUACAUGUGAUGAUGCGGAAAAAACCGGAGGACUCCGUGAAUUUGACCUGCUUGUUGACUCUUCAGACGAGAACAUAGUUGAUUUAAACUUGGGUGUUGGCAAACAUCCCGUAAAUUUGAAGAUGACAACUCCUGCAGACAAAUUGGCCUCUAUAAGCAGUAGUUCUGCCACUGUGGAAGAUCAAAUUUCUCCAUUGGAAUUGUUAAAUGUCAAAGAUACACAGAUGAUUCCAGAAGGAACAUCCAGUGAUGUUUGCUCAAUCAUUGCUCAACCUCAGUCAACUGGUAGCAUGAUGUCUAGCAAAAGAAUGAAUGUUCAACAAAGUAAAAUUAUUCGAUCGGAACCUGUGCCAACAGUUUCGCUUUCUUUGGGUUUGUCUUUACCUGUUGAGCCUAACAUUGGAGGUUGUGAUUCCAUUACUUGCUUGUCACUAUUGCCUUUGCCAAAUUCAUUGAGUGAAACCAAAGGUUCUGUACAAGACAUGUUAACUGAAUAUUCAGCAAGCCGAAAACCGUGGCAUCGCCGACACAAAAUGAUGCUUGAGAGCAUUGUAAGCAGAGCAAGAUCUUUGAAUGAAAGGGGCAUUUUUCAAGAUAACUUGAUGCCACACCCAACCAUGUGGUCUGAAGAGGAGCUGGAUUAUCUCUGGAUUGGUGUGAGGAGACAUGGUAAGGGGAAUUGGGACGCCAUGCUAAGGGAUCCAAGACUGAGGUUUUCGCCGUUAAGGUUAGCAAAGGACCUUGCUGAUCGUUGGGAGGAUGAACAAUUAAAAGUUUUGAAUGAUGUUGCUUUUCCACAGUUCAUGUAUCCAAAAGCCGCAUCAUUGGAAGGAAACUUCUGCUUAGAUCCUAAAGCAAGUUUUUGGAGAGAAAGUGCAAUAGACAAUACUAAGCUUUCGCCGGAAGAUAUGUUUUCUUACAGGGACAGUAAUACCCUAAAGAAAUCCCGUGCUCGGUUAAAUUCUCAUGGUAACACCACCGGACGGAAUCAUAGGCCGGGCUUUCAUUCUAGGAAGGCCUCUUACAACAAAAGUGCAGAUAAUUAUGAAUGGGGAUCUUUUCCUGGGAGCUUGAGUCUUCCCAGAGAAAAUUCUUAUUCAAAUGAUUUUCCCUUUAACUUUUCCACAGGAAACAGUAAUUUGCCUCACUGGCUGAGAGAAGCAAUUUUUGCUCCUCCUUUAAAGUCAGUUGAGCCGAACCUGGCUCCGGCCACAGCCGUUUCUUUGAGUUCUCAUCCGGAGCAUGGCUUGGAUGCCGGGAAGUCUAGCUUUGUGCCUCAAAAUAGGUUGAGUGGUUUGGGAACAACUGAGCCACAAAUGUCAAAUCAAAAUGGUUCUUCUCACUGUGCAACCUAUUCAAGAAGAAGAUUUGGGAUGAUGAAAGUGAAUAAGCCAUUGGAGCAACAUGUCAAGAAAUCAGAUGCCUUAAUUAUUAUUGAUAGUGACACAUCUUCUGAAGAGACCAUAUCUGAUGAUAACCGUUCCAGCUUAUAACAAACACCAAUAAAUAUGUGCUUGAUGUGGAUAACCUUGCUUAAUUUAUGCUGUUAGCUGUAGAAAAAGGUUGUAGAGGAAUGUUCCAUAUUGUAGAUCAGUAAUUUGUAAAAAUGUAGGGAAUCAUGUGGACCUUAUGCUAAGUGAAUGUUGUUUUUCUAAUUUUAAUUGAAAUUCUCAGUGCUUCCUAA